AAUAGACAUUUUGUCCAAGAAUUCUAAAGCUUCCCAGCAGGUCUCGGAAUCAUCAUUCAGAAAAUUCCUAAAACAACUAUUGAAUCCGAAAACAUUUGACAUUCAGAAUGGCGAAAGCCGCUAUAAGU